ACUGACACCUUUACAAUCCCUUGAGAGAGACGGAAUCUGCACCCCACUUCCCCCACCCCAACACCAUUGCCUAAUCUGUCUUCCAAGGACUUGUCCCCACGGAGUGACUCCAGCUCUCCUUUCCUCACUGCCUCCAAGUUGGCCCUUUGUCGUCCAUUCCCAGUCCUGAGUUCACCCCUGCACCUCCUCGGGCCCCCAGGUUGCAGGCACUGCUCUCUCCUUCGCCGUCCUCGCCCCCCGCGGACUGCCAGGAGGCUCGGGCCCUUUAAGAGCGGCGGGACCGGAGAGCAGUAGCUGGGAGGAAAGCGCAGUCGCCCCCCGGGCUCGGAGGACACAGCGUCCGGGACCCGGCUCUGGGAAGCUAUUGUGCGCAGCCCAGCGGAGUCGGGGCGCGACCCCAAUCGGCCCUCCCCAUCCUUGCUAUCUCCUCCGACCCAAGGUCCGGCCCUCCUCCGUCGCCUGCCCCGCCCCGGCCCCACCCCGGCCCGAGCCGCCGGGACCGGGAGCCGGGACGCGGGUGCCGCAGCCCGAGGCAGGUAAGGCGAGCCUUGGCUCUCCGUCCCCGGCCCGUGGCAGCGCUGAGCAUCCCGGCCCUGCACCGGCCCGGGGGCGCGUCAAGGCCGGCGGCGUGAUGGCGGAGAAGGCGCUGGAGGCCGUGGGCUGUGGACUAGGGCCGGGGGCUGUGGCCAUGACCGUGACGCUGGAGGACGGAGCGGACCCCCCUGUGCUGACCACGCACCUGAAGAAGGUGGAGAACCACAUCACUGAAGCCCAGCGCUUCUCCCACCUACCCAAGCGCUCAGCCGUGGACAUCGAGUUCGUGGAGCUGUCCUAUUCCGUGCGGGAGGGGCCCUGCUGGCGCAAAAGGGGUUAUAAGACCCUUCUCAAGUGCCUCUCAGGUAAAUUCUGCCGCCGGGAGCUGAUUGGCAUCAUGGGCCCCUCAGGGGCUGGCAAGUCCACGUUCAUGAACAUCUUGGCAGGAUACAGGGAGUGUGGAAUGAAGGGGCAGAUCCUGGUUAAUGGGAGGCUGCGGGAGCUGAGGACCUUCCGCAAGAUGUCCUGCUACAUCAUGCAAGAUGACAUGCUGCUGCCGCACCUCACAGUGUUGGAAGCCAUGAUGGUCUCUGCUAACCUGAAGCUGAGCGAGAAGCAGGAGGUGAAGAAGGAGCUGGUGACAGAGAUCCUGACGGCACUGGGCCUGAUGUCCUGCUCCCACACGAGGACAGCCCUGCUCUCCGGUGGGCAGAGGAAGCGCCUGGCCAUCGCCCUGGAGCUGGUCAACAACCCGCCUGUCAUGUUCUUUGAUGAGCCCACCAGCGGUCUGGACAGUGCCUCUUGUUUUCAAGUGGUGUCCCUUAUGAAGUCCCUGGCACAGGGGGGCCGUACCAUCAUCUGCACCAUCCACCAGCCCAGUGCCAAGCUCUUUGAGAUGUUUGACAAGCUCUACAUCCUGAGCCAAGGUCAGUGCAUCUUCAAAGGCGUGGUCACAAACCUGAUCCCCUAUCUAAAGGGACUCGGCUUGCACUGCCCCACCUACCACAACCCGGCUGACUUCAUUAUUGAGGUGGCCUCUGGCGAGUAUGGAGAUCUGAACCCCAUGCUGUUCAGGGCUGUGCAGAAUGGGCUGUGCACUAUGGCUGAGAAGAAGAGCAGCCCUGAGAAGAAUGAGGUCCCUGCCCCCUGCCCCCCUUGCCCUCCAGAAGUGGAUGCCAUUGAAAGCCACACCUUUGCCACCAGCACCCUCACACAGUUCUGCAUCCUCUUCAAGAGGACCUUCCUGUCCAUCCUCAGGGACACGGUCCUGACUCACCUACGGUUCAUGUCCCACGUGGUGAUCGGCGUGCUCAUCGGCCUCCUCUACCUGCAUAUCGGCGAUGAUGCCAGCAAGGUCUUCAACAACACCGGCUGCCUCUUCUUCUCCAUGCUGUUCCUCAUGUUCGCUGCCCUCAUGCCAACUGUGCUCACCUUUCCCUUAGAGAUGGCGGUCUUCAUGAGGGAGCACCUCAACUACUGGUACAGCCUCAAAGCGUAUUACCUGGCCAAGACCAUGGCUGACGUGCCCUUUCAGGUGGUGUGUCCGGUGGUGUACUGCAGCAUUGUGUACUGGAUGACGGGCCAGCCCGCUGAGACCAGCCGCUUCCUGCUCUUCUCAGCCCUGGCGACUGCCACUGCCUUGGUGGCUCAAUCUUUGGGGCUGCUGAUCGGAGCUGCUUCCAACUCCCUACAGGUGGCCACCUUUGUGGGCCCAGUUACCGCCAUUCCUGUCCUCUUGUUCUCCGGCUUCUUUGUCAGCUUCAAGACUAUCCCCACUUACCUGCAAUGGAGCUCCUAUCUCUCCUAUGUCAGGUAUGGCUUUGAGGGUGUGAUCCUGACCAUCUAUGGCAUGGAGCGAGGAGACCUGACUUGUUUAGAGGAACGCUGCCCAUUCCGAGAGCCACAGAGCAUCCUCCGAGCGCUGGAUGUGGAGGAUGCCAAGCUCUACAUGGACUUCCUGGUCUUGGGCAUCUUCUUCUUAGCCCUGCGUCUGCUAGCAUACCUUGUGCUCCGUUACCGCGUCAAGUCAGAGAGAUAGAGGCGUGCCCCAGCCCCCGCAGCAGGACGUCCCCAGCCCCAGCCAUUUGGGACUGUUUUAACCUUAUAGACUUGGGCACUGGUUGCUGGAGGGGCUGCCGUCCCCUCCCUUGGCUCCUUCCCAGGCUGGCUGUUGGACUGUGCUGUCAGCCUGGGCCCUGGGAGUAGGGGGCUCCAGCCUUCCCCACCAUGCCCAGGAGCCUUCCCAUGUUGCUGCGGUUUGUAGCUUCCUCCCUAGUCUCUCUAGCACCUGCAUGCAAAGACCACUGGGAGGCUCCUCCCUCCUUCCUGCCCCUGGCACCCUCUUUUGCUGUCUGCCUGGGAGCCCCAGGCUCUCCAGGCCCCCACUUACAACUGACCAAAGUGGCCCCCUCUGGGGGGCCCCACCACACAAGUGUUUGUAAACUGGGCUGCUAUAAGGUUGGAGUUCCAGGGCUGGGCCCUGGUGGGGUCCCCGGAAGUCCCAUUAUGGAUGGUGCAAUGGAGCAGGGAAGGACUCUGGAAGUCUCUUCCUCCUCCUCCCCUUCUCCCUACCCCUAGAUCCUGGCUGACUUGGACAAUCUGCCAGGACAGAAGCUGGGUUUUCUGUCUAGGUCACCACUCGCAAUCCUGGGGAUUGGAGGGGCCUGGGGCUGUGGGAUGCCCCGUCCCUAUCCCCAUCACCUUUGGUGGGGGUAGGGCCUGCUGGCACCUGUGCAAUAAUGUCUGUGUUUCUCUCCCAUAUGCCACUGGAACUGGCAGAAUGUACUUUAUUCUGGGGGGUGAGUGGGGAAAGACCCAACCCUCCUUUCUCGCUGCCCCUGACACAGGCAUGAUCUUGUGAUGCUCCCUCCCUCUCUGGAGUGGCAGGCACAUACAUAUGAACAGGCAAUCUCAGCCCUACACACUUGCCAUCCCCUACAGUGCAGAGGAAGAGUGAUGCUGGCAUGCUGGUGGUGGCAGGUGCUGGGGGGAGGACAGUGCCAACCUCCUCCUGGGGAUCCCUUGUUGGAGACUGUAAGGAUAAGGCUGGUGCUGCCCAGGGUGUCUCUAGAAUCUGCAGGUGUCUACCCCCCAGUCUUCCCUCCUCCCAAACCAGGGGUGGCAAAGGGCACUAGAUCCCUGGAGUUCAGGACCCAACACAAGCACAAGCAAGGGCAUAAGUUGGCCUUGGCCACUGCCACCCCAUGGUCCUCCUUUUGUGCUUCAUGCUGAUGUCUUCACCCCUCUACCCCUUCUCCAGCCACUGCUGCUCAUUCAAACUUCUGUCCAUGUCCCUCCACUGUUCCUAUCAGCAGGUGGCCCUUGGGCAUCAGAACAGCCUGCCCUGGGCACCAGGUGGCAGACACACUCAGAGCAUGUCUGGCUUUCCUGAUGGGCCCAGGCUUAUUCUGCUUCUGAUUUCCCCUCCCCUAGGGCUCAUUUUCCCCCUAAUUCCUGUACACAUUCCUGUCUACCUCCUCUCACUCUGCCACAGAUUCUUCCCAUCACACAGAGAUGCCAGUUGUAUUUGCGGGAUUUCACCCAUUAUUAAUAAAACCUAUAUUUAUACAGUA